AUGCGUCCCUGACGGCCGUGCUGCCCAAGCUCUUCGCCGAGGAGCAGCUCCCCAGCGGCGCGGUGCUGGGGGUGAUGCUCGGCCUCGGCCUCUUCACCGUCAUCAUCGCCACUGCCAUCGUGGUCCUGGUCCGCCGGCUGCGCCUGAAGAGUGAGGGGGGGUGGUGGCCGUGCCCCGAUGUCACCUCGUUGUCCCCAAGGUUCCUGCGCAUCCAGAAGGAGCUGCCCACGCUGCAGCUGAAGGAGCCUCCGCCUUCGGUGCUGGAAGCCGACUUGACCGAAUUCGAUGUGGCCAAUUCCCAUCUUCCCUCCGAGGUCCUCUACAUGCUCAAAAAUGUCCGAGUGCUGGGCCACUUCGAGAAGCCGUUGUUCCUGGAACUUUGCAAGCACAUGGUUUUCCAGCAAUGCCAACAAGGUGACUACGUUUUCCGUCCCGGACAGCCCGACACCAGCAUCUACGUGCUGCAGGACGGCAAGUUGGAGCUCUUCCUCACCGAACCGGGCCACCAGCGACCAUACCGGACGGUGUGUGCCCGGGCGGCGGAGGACUCCACCGUGCUACGGCGCUUUGCACACUACCUUGGGAUCAUGCGGGAGCAGCCCAGUGUGGUGCUGAGCGUCGCCCACACCGUGGCUGCCCGUAUGUCACCCUUCGUGCGCCAGAUGGACUUCGCCAUCGACUGGAUGGCGGUGGAGGCCGGCCGGGCGCUCUACAGGCAGGGUGACAAGUCGGACUGCACCUACAUCGCUCUCAACGGGCGCCUCCGCUCCGUCAUCCAGAAGGGCAGCGGCAAGAAGGAGCUCAUCGGGGAGUACGGCCGCGGGGACCUCAUCGGCGUGGUGGAAGCCCUCACCCGGCAGCCCCGUGCCACCACGGUCCACGCGGUCCGGGACACGGAGCUGGCCAAGCUGCCUGAGGGCACCUUGAACAAUAUCAAGCGCAGAUACCCCCAGGUUGUCACCCGCCUCAUCCACCUCCUGAGCCAAAAGAUCUUGGGAAACCUUCAGCAGCUCCGUGGCCCCUUUGCAAGCUCUAGCUUGGGCAUGGCCUCCAGCUCGGAGCCCACCAACCCCACCAGCAACCUGUCAACGGUGGCGGUGCUGCCAGUGUGUGACGAUGUGCCCACGGCUGCCUUCACGCUGGAGCUCAAGCACGCGCUCAACGCCAUCGGUCCCACGCUGCUGCUCACCAGCGACAUCAUCCGUGCCCGUCUCGGCUCCUCGGCGCUGGACAGCAUCCAGGAGUACCGCCUGUCGGGCUGGCUGGCGCAGCAGGAGGACAUCCACCGCAUCGUCCUGUACCAAACCGACUGUACCCUGACGCCGUGGACUGUGCGUUGCAUCCGUCAAGCCGACUGCAUCCUCAUCGUAGGGUUGGGCGACCAAGAGCCGGCACUGGGAGAGCUGGAGCAGAUGCUGGAGAACACAGCGGUGCGUGCGCUGAAGCAGUUGGUCCUCCUACACCGCGAGGAUGGUCCCAGCCCUUCCCGCACCGUUGAGUGGCUCAACAUGCGCAGCUGGUGCUCGGGCCACCUCCACAUCAAGUGUCCCCGGCGCGUCUUCUCCCGACGUGGCCCCACCAAACUGCGGGAGAUGUACGAGAAGGUGUUUGAGAAAAGCGCCGACCGGCACAGCGACUUCUCCCGGUUGGCGCGGGUCCUCACCGGCAACACCAUCGCCCUCGUCCUGGGGGGUGGCGGAGCCAGGGGUUGCUCCCACAUCGGGGUGAUCAAGGCGAUGGAGGAGUCGGGGAUCCCCAUCGACAUGGUGGGUGGCACCUCCAUCGGUGCCUUCAUCGGGGCGCUCUACGCCGAGGAGCGCAGCGCCGUCCGCACCAAGCAGCGGGCGCGCGAGUGGGCCAAGUGCAUGAAUUCAGUGUUUGAGACCGUCCUGGACCUCACCUACCCCAUCACCUCCAUGUUUUCGGGUUCAGCCUUCAACGCCAGCAUCAACAAGGUUUUCCAGGACAAGCAGAUCGAGGACCUGUGGCUGCCCUACUUCAACGUCACGACCGACAUCACGGCCUCGGCCAUGCGGGUGCACACGGACGGCAGCCUUUGGCGCUACGUCCGAGCCAGUGCGUCUUAUACCCCCUACCUGCCUCCGCUCUGCGACCCCAAGGACAGCCACUGGCUCGUGGACGGCUGCUAUGUUAACAAUGUCCCAGGCUCGCUCUGGCGGUACGUGCGAGCCAGCAUGACCCUUUCUGGGUACCUACCGCCACUCUGCGACCCCAAGGACGGCAACUUACUGAUGGACGGUGGUUACAUCAACAACCUGCCAGCCGACAUCGCCCGCAACAUGGGUGCCAAGACGGUGAUCGCCAUCGACGUGGGCAGCCAGGACGAGACGGACCUGUGCAACUACGGGGACAGCCUGUCUGGCUGGUGGCUCCUCUGGAAACGUCUCAACCCCUGGGCUGAAAAAGUCAAGGUGCCCGACAUGGCGGAGAUCCAGUCCCGCCUGGCCUACGUGUCGUGCGUGCGGCAGCUGGAGGUGGUGAAGUCCAGCUCGUACUGCGAGUACAUCCGCCCCGCCAUCGACCGCUUCAAGACCAUGGAUUUCGGCAAGUUCGACGAGAUCUACGACGUGGGGUACCAGCACGGCAAGGUGGUCUUCGAUGGCUGGAGCCGGGGUGACAUCAUUGAGAAGAUGGUGAAGGACCGGCGUUCGGCCGACUUCUAUGAGAGCAAACGCAUGGACGUGCUCACGUGCCCCAGCGCCGGCUUCACCGACCUGGCGGAGAUCGUGUCCCGCAUCGAGCCCUGCGGGGCCGGAUCCGGAUCCGGGUCCUGACCCUGCACCCCCUUUGCUCCCCCAGAGGAGUCCGACUACCUCACCGAGAACGAGGACGAGGGGCCGGAGCCAGCGCGGGGCGAGGAGGACGUGUUCGCCCCUUCCGAGUGGGCCACCGCCGGCGCCUUGGAGGCUGAGGAGGAGAAGAGCCUGCGGCACCGCCCGAGCCUGGCCCGGGACCCCUCCGCACCCCACACCUGACCCCAAACGCUACCGAAGGAGCCCGAGAGCCGGCACUA